GGGGAACGGCGGGGCGGGGACCUUUGGGGGCCGGGGCUACAGGCCGAGGGGAACUGCGGCCGCCAGGUGCGCGCCCAGUCCUCUGUCCCGGCCGGUAAAUCUGGGGCAGCGCGCGGUAGGAGCUGCGGGCGGCCAGGCCCCUUCCUGCGUCCGCACCUGGCCCCGCGCGCCCCUCUCGGGCGUCCGGCCUCCGGCGUCCUGGCGGCUUGGGUGGCGGCGGUUCAGGCGCUCGCCUGGCUGCUCCUCGGGGAGGCGGCGGGACUCACGAGCGGGCCGGCCGAGGCCCUCAGCGCCGCGCGCUCUGACGAGGGCACAAGGGCCACGUGUUCUGAAAUUAUUUUGAGGCAAGAAGUUUUGAAAGAUGGUUUCCACAGAGACCUUUUAAUCAAAGUGAAGUUUGGAGAAAGCAUUGAGGACUUACAGACCUGCCGACUCUUAAUUAAACAGGACAUUCCUGCAGGACUUUUUGUGGAUCCAUAUGAGUUGGCUUCAUUACGAGAGAGAAACAUAACAGAGGCAGUGAUGGUUUCAGAAAAUUUUGAUAUAGAGGCCCCUAACUAUUUGUCCAAGGAAUCUGAAGUUCUCAUUUAUGCCAGACAAGAUUCACAGUGCAUUGACUGUUUUCAAGCCUUUUUGCCUGUGCACUACCGCUAUCAUCGGCCACACAGUCACGAUGGAGAAACCUCGAUUGUGGUCAAUCACCCAGAUUUGUUGAUGUUUUGUGACCAAGAGUUACCAAUUUUGAAAUGCUGGGCUCACUCAGAAGUGGCAGCUCCUUGUGCUUUGGAGAACGAGGAUAUCUGCCAGUGGAACAAGAUGAAGUAUAAAUCAGUAUAUAAGAAUGUGACUCUACAGGUUCCAGUGGGACUGACUAUACACACCUCUUUAGUAUGUUCUGUGACUCUGCUCAUUACAAUCCUGUGCUCUACGUUGAUCCUAGUAGCAAUUUUCAAAUAUGGCCAUUUUUCCCUAUAAGUUUUAUGUAGCUAAAUGCUUCCUAGAAACCUAAAUAAGAUCUAUUAAUUUCUGACGAGAGGUGUUCUUCUAGAAUUUAGUUAAUUACUUUUAUCUUGUGUCUUCAUUUGUGGCCAAAAUUAUGUUUACUAGAGGAAAUUUGGGAUAAUUCUCAACUAAUUCCAAAAUUUAGUGCUCUAUUGCAUAGAUCCUUGGUAAUCCUCAAGCAUCAAAGGCCAUAAGAGGAAACUUAAUUCUGCUAAAUUAAUGUUUAUUUUGUGAGAAGUGACUUUAUCUUCAUUUGGGGGAGAAAAAUUAUUUCUUUUUUUUUUUUUUUGAGAUGGAGUCUCGGUCUGUCGCCCAGGCUGGAGUGCAGUGGCGCAAUCUCGGCUUGCUGCAAGCUCUGCCUCUUGGGUUCACGCCAUUCUCCU